GGCCUGCUGAACCUGCUGCCACAGCGACCCGACCCCGGAUAAGCGGGUGAUAAUGGAUGGAUGGAUAGAUGGUUUGUGUCAGGUUAAGGAGAUUGUUAGGUUUAAUAACUCAGGGCCACUGUGUUCUAGAUCUUGGUUUGAUCAGUUUUAACACAAGUUUUUAAGUAAUUCAUAGAUUGCAAUAGAGGAUGCUUGUUGAUACCAUGGCUAACAUUUUAAUCUCCGAUCAAUGAAAGCAGCCAAAAUUGAAGAAAAAAAACAACAUCUUGAUGGCUUGAAAAUAGUUUUUUGCUGUUUUGGUUUUGUGGCACAAUAUGGCAUUCACUACAUGGCUGAGGUCUUGUUGUCUCAACAUGAUCAUAUGUAUAUAGUAUAGGAUAGGAUCGAGUAUUUUACCUGUAUAUAUUAUACAUAUAAUGUGCAUUAGUUACCACAUAAAUGUAAGCCAUAGUCACACGUGAGCAGGCACACACAAUACAUGUAGAUAGAAAAAGCAGCUUUGUGUGUUUCAUUUUCUCAAAGAAACAGAGCAAGCGGAGUUUGAAUAGAAGACAAUUUCAUGUGUAAAACCCUGAAAGGAAGAGAAACAAAUGUUAAGGUGUUGAUGGAAACAACAUAUAUUGUGAGCAUCCUCACCGCCAGGGGGCAGACUGCGGGAAAAGAUGCACCGCAAAUCUACAGGGAGGAAAACAGACCCGGAAGUAAGAUUAAUAACAACAACCUGAGUAGCAACUUGGGCGAAACUUGACUGCAGUCAAAACAUUUUAUUAUUUUUUUUUUUUUUAGUUUAUUGUAUUCGAUACAGAUUCCAUAUUAUGAGGGAGCAUUUAGCGACGUGGUUUGCGUUUGUGCUGAAACUCAACGGCUAGUUUAGUUUAGCUACGUGAGCUAACUUGUUAUCCGAUUAGCGUGACUUCCUUCUGACCCAGUAAGCUAACGGUGUCAUGCUGCGCUCAGGUACUGUGGUCACAGGGCUGCGGGUGUAGCGGGCCUGUCUGUCCGCUGUCACGUCCUGGUAGUUUGUAUGUGGCGCUGACGAAGCCCCGCUUUGCUCGCAAUGCUCCUGCAGCUGCUCCCUCCUUUCAACUAACCUAGCGGGCUCCUCUCCUCCUCCUCCUCCUCCUCCUCUCCGUCGUCUUCCGUUACCUGAUGGCUCACUGCGGCUCCUCCGAGCCGAGUGCGGAGGCCCAGGCACCGCGUCCCGACGGCAACAAGCCGCCACAGGGCAGCGUGGACCAGAGCAUGAAGCCGGUGCUGUUCGAGAUCUUCGGUGAGAUCUGGACCGUCCAGUCACGGCUCGGACAGGGAGUCUCGGCCUCGGUGUACCGGGUCAGCUCGGGCAGAGCCACCGCCACCGCCGCGGUCAAGGAGUUUCAGGCCGACACGCAGGGAGGAGAUUACGGGUAUCACAAGGAGAGGUCCGUGCUGGAGGACAUCCAGGGACAUAAAAACAUCGUGACGCUGUACGGGGUGUUCACCAACCACAGCUGCAUGGGUGUUGCCACCCGCUGCCUUCUGUUGGAGCUCUUGGAUGUCAGCGUGUCUGAUCUGUUGGUGAGAAGCAGCAUUGGUACCCAGGGUGCCAGACCCCAGCAGGGCCACUCCAUGUGGCUUGUCCAGCACUGUGCCAGAGACCUCCUGGAGGCUCUCGCCUUCCUCCACAGGGAAGGCUACGUCCACGCCGACCUCAAGCCACGCAACAUUCUCUGGAGUGCUGACGACGAGUGCUUCAAGCUCAUCGACUUCGGCCUCAGUUUCAAAGAGGGGAACCAGGAUGUCAAGUACAUCCAGACAGAUGGGUAUCGCGCUCCAGAGGCCGAGCUGCAGAACAGCCUCGCUCAGGCCGGCGUGGAGGUGGACUCGGGCUGCACGGCCGCCGUGGACAUGUAUAGCCUGGGCAUCGUCCUGCUGGAGAUGUUCUCAGGAAUCAAACUCAAAGACACCAUCCGCUCGCAGAAGUGGAAGGAUAACAGUGCCGCCAUUGUUGACCAUCUUUUUGCCAGUAACAGUGUGGUGUGCCCUGCCAUCCCUGUCUAUCACCUCAGAGACCUUAUCAAAAGCAUGCUUCUCAAUGACCCAAAGCAGAGAUGCACCGCUGAAACCGCCCUGCUGAACCCAUUCUUCAGUAUUCCCUUUGCUCCUCACAUUGAGGACCUGGUUCUGCUGCCCACUCCUGUCCUGCGUCUGCUUAACCUGAUUGAUGACAGCCAUUUGCACAACGAGGAAGAGUAUGAAGACAUCCUGGAAGACAUGAAAGAGGAGUGCCAGAAGUAUGGCUCAGUGGUUUCUCUGCUCAUCCCCAAGGAGAACCCGGGGAAAGGACAGGUGUUUGUAGAGUAUGCCAACUCCAGCGACUCCAAAGAGGCACAGAGGCUGCUGACGGGCCGCACCUUUGACGGGAAGUUUGUCGUGGCCACCUUCUACCCUCUCAGCGCCUACAAGAGGGGGUACUUGUACCAGACUGUGCAGUGAAGUCCUCAAGCUCAAUUUACACCUCUGCCCUUGUUUGCAUGAAAGAACACAACCGUAUAGCCCACCACGGGGUCCAUCGUCUUCUCCCUUUGGGGUUAAUGGUUCUGCAUGUCAUUCAUGUAGAACUCAACCGUCAUUUCUGCUGCCUCCAGUCUGCACUACUCUUAACGGAGCCAGAGGUCUGCGGUCUGGGCACAGCAGCUCCUGUUCUAGAUACAUUUAACGCUCAUUCAUUCAAAGAAAUGACCACCCUGAAAGAAUGAAUAAUGAAUGAAUGACAAUAAUAAGGACGAGUGAAAGCCUUUAUCAAAUGAAGCCUCUAUCGAAAGAUUGUGAGCGAGACGUGUGUAUGUGAUUAGAGACAUGUAGCAGGAGGACCCCAGCGAGUUCUGUGUUUGGACUGCAACAUUGAAAGGGCACAGGAACAAUUACAUGUGUUUGAGUACGUGCUGGAAAUGAUCAGAUACUAAUUGUCCAGCAUUUACACACUUUAAUUUAACCUUGCAGUCGCAGUGGGUAGUUGGUGUAUAGUAUUCAGAGUUCCAUAGAGCUACAGUAGCAGUGUACAUGAAAGGAGUAGUUUUAAGCCACCUUAACAUUUGUGGCGUCAUUAUAAUAUAGUCUGUAGAAAAUUGGGACACUCCUGGUGGAGGUUGGUGCAGUUUACACGUUGCUUUCUUCAAAUCCUACACAUAGCGACUGUAGCUCUAUGCAUGUUCCCCAAAAUGCUGGACAUAGUAUCGUUUCGUACUUCUGUCAGUUUACGAAAAAUGUAACCAUAUGCACGACAGAGUAUGGUUAUAUAAUGUUACCUUGUAUUAUUACAUCAGGUCAACAGAACAGCACUAUUUGUUGCAGUGGAAAGUUGAACCAGAAACCAGAAGGUUUCGUUCUCUUGGUUCCAUCUUUUGAUACUAGUCAAUAUCUAAUAUCUAUAUCUAGUACCCAUGAAGCCCACUGUGUCACACUGAAACCUCAGAUGAUUUAAUACAUUCAAGCUAGCUACCCAAGAUGCUGCUGUAACACCAGGUUGUGCUCCACCUGCAUGUCUCUAUUCCUCAAGUAGCCCACGAUGCAGACGCCUGAGAGCAGACGCCUGAGAGCAGACGCCUGAGAGCAGACAUAUUCAUCUCUGUAGGCGUGUUCAUGAAGCUUUUCCACUACAUUCUUGUCAAAGCCACACUAAGUGAUCUUUACUGAACAGACUGCAGUGUUUUUCUAAUGGCUGCAGAACGUGCUAAACUGUUGCUAGUAACAACUAAAUACAAAGAAAUGCUGUGCUACAUGUUAGCAUCAACUGCUUAGCAUUUUGCCGUACUGUUUACCAUUUAGCAAACAGGCAAAGUCAAUGUAACUGUCGCACUAUUGGAGAUGCGUCAUGACACUAAUAAUAAUAAUAAUAAUAAUAAUAAUAUUGAUUUAAAAAAAAAAAUGUAUUAGCACCUUUACAAACAGGGUUUACAAAGUGUUUUAACAGACACACGCAAAGCAAAAUGAAGACACAAGGUAAUUUAACAACAGAAGGCCAAACAGCGAGGCCAAAAACACGCAAGACAAAAACUCAAAUUUCAACAAACAAUAAGUUAUUUCUUCUCUAAAACGUCCACCGUCUUGCGUUCCAGUCGGGUGUGUUCAGAUUGUUUCAUGUUGCAGGGCACAAAUAAACAUAGAUCCCUGCUCUGUCUGGAGAGGUAAUGUGAUUUGAGUAUGUGGGAGAAACUUCCUGUUCCUAUAAAAUAUGAUAUUUAAAGCUUAAUGGUAUAUAAAUCUUCCUAUUUCUGAGACCUAUUUUUUUCUUAAAUAAUGUUUUUUUUGCGUCCCCUCACAGAAAAUAUAUUUAAUCAGAGUUGGGGGUAAAAAAAAAAAACAACAACAUAUUUUUCUACCACCAUUUUUGUGUAUGUGCCUGAAAUGUGAAUUCCAAAGUUUCCACAAGAGAGCGUCGCUGGCCUAAAAAAAACCUUGAUUCGAAACUCCAACCACUCGACUAGACUGCACUUAUGAAUCAGCGAUCUGUGGAACGCCAGUGAGAUGGUGACUUUGUGUGUGUGUGUGUGUGUGUGUGUGUGUGUGUACUUUACGUUAUCAAAUGAACAAGUAUGGACCUUAAACUCUGCAGAGUGCAGUGAGGAGGAUUCGGGCAGUUGUUGGUGUUACUGCGUGAGUUUAGACUUUAAUAAUUAGAGGAGCUGUGAUGGUGAGUUUGUGUUAAACUGAUCUCAGGCCUGCCUGGUUUCUGGGGUUCUCUCACCACUCGUUACUGAAAGCUUAAAUCCCUUUUGGAGAGAAAACCACGACGGCUAAUAACGCGUAAAAGCACAGCUGUUUAUCUUAUGCAACAGACUUUAUUGACAUGAAUCCACUAUUUGUAGCCACACUGCCGUCGUUAAAUAAUGCACUGCUGCAGGAUCAGUUCAUAACUGGCUCAGUCACCUCUUGUGUCACAUACUGUAGCUCGUUAAGCAUUCAUUAGUAUAAGAAAUAGCUUCUGCAAAUGACUUCCUUUAUUUCAUUCAAAUAUAUAUUGUGGCGACCCGCCGACCUCAAAGAUACAAUAUGAAGUUGUUUGCUGCAUGCCGAUCCUGUUUGGGGCACGGGAGCACAUUUUAGUAAUUUAGUCCUGAAGCUCCAGCAUAUGAAAAAGCAGCUGUUUUUGUGUUUGUUAUCAAUGCUUAUCUUUUUGUGUGUGUGAUUUGAAUGGUUGUGGAAUUUGUCUCUUUUUAGCAAAUGAUAUCACACUGAAAGGAGUUCUUCACUCGUGGUGUGUGUGUGUUUUCGUUCCAGAUGAAGUGUGUGCGAUGCAGGUGUUCUCCCUACUAAUGUGAUAUUAUUGGACUAACACUGUGUGCACUUAGUUAAACUCACUCUUACACUCAACCAUGAAGGGACGUCAACACACUCAGGUCGGACCUGAUUUCAACAUUUAAAUGGAGCAGCUUUGUGAGAUUAUCAGACAUGUUUUCUACCCAUUGAGGACAAAAUGCAAGCUAAUGCUCAAUUAAUCAGUUAUUUUGUAUUAAUUACUAGAAUAAAUAGUUGAAUAGUUGGGCUCUGGUUAUCACAUUUUCCCAGAGCCCAAAGUGACGUCUUGAAACGUACUGAUCUAAAACAGUGGGGUAGGGGAACUGGAGACUUCAAAAGGAUGCAGACUGAGGCGUAAGGCCUUCUCUGAAUCAUAACUCAAAUCUUGACAUCCAACAAAUAAAGCCCAUCACAAAUAAACGUCCCUAAAUGCACUUAGAAAUCAUAGAAAAGAGACGCAACUACAGAACCUUGACAAGAAUGGUCAUGUUUUAAAGUUUGCUUCAGUCGUUUGUAAUUCUGUUGGUACAUCGCAAACAGGAACCGCAGAGAGCUCGCUCAAAACGUCACUUCCUGUUUGAGCAUGAUUAUCAUGAGGGCGAGGGUCUGAUAUAAAACUAAAUUAUAUUAUCUUAUCAGUUAACUAAAUGUUGCAGCGCUAAUAAAGUUAUUCAAAUGCUCACCAAGAAAAAAAACACCAAUAUUGGCACAAGACUGUUUCCAUGAAUGUUAUUGUGAGCGAAUACGAUAUCCUAAAAAAAUUAAAAAAAAGAGUGUAGCUUCAAAUAUGUUGGUGCUCAAACUUCCUGGUUGGCGUUAAAUGUUGUUGACGUCACAGCCGAUUCAAAGAGGCGCUGCUGGGAGUCAACCGGCGACCAGAGGCCUCCGUCCUGGAAGGAUUCAGAGCGUACGGGCUUGCCGACACGGCGGCAAAACCCCAGUGCUAUGUUGGUGGUGGUGGUGGUGUUGUUGUUGUUGUUGUUGUCUUUCCCAUUGACGCUGCAUUACAGGAUGUCUCGUGGUGAAGUCUUACCUUUUCAGUCACUUCUAUUUGGGGCUCACCAAUGAGAAACUUUGACUGUGUUUAUCUUCCAUUUCCUGUCAUCUAAGAAGACUUCUUUUGUCUUCGCUGCUCAGAGUGGUUUCCUUGUGCACUGACAGAGAUUCAGGGUCUUUAAUUUCAUUGCACCGAGCUCUAGGCCAGACUUUGAUACACUCUCAGCGUGUGUGUGUGUGUGUGGGGAGUUGCGGUAUUAAGUUAUAGUUUUUGGAGGCAGUGUUUAUAAGUCCGUCUGAGGCCGAUAUGUAACAUUGUGUGUCAGUCUAUUUUGUUUUCCAUUAGUGUGUGUGUGUGUGUGUGUGUGUGUGUGUGUGUGUGUGUGUGUGUGUGUGUGUGUGUGUGUGUGUGUGUGUGUGUGUUAUAGCUGAAGCGCUGUAUGCCUUUUUGCUUGCAAUCUCAAUAUUGAAAUCACAAGGACAAAUGUGAGUGAGACAGUGCAUGUAUGCAAGAGUGUACCCAGCUAUUUAUACUGUGACGUCUAUGUUAUCCAUUCCUAUUAACGAAGCACACAUUAUUUAGUCUUUACAGCACAGAAUAUGAAACGAUAAAACAUGACGACAAUUAAUCAAACGCGCUUCCUUCCGCUCAACGGAGCGAGACAUCACUUUCCAACUCGCGGUUUCAUCAAGUCACAGAGACGACGCUUUCAACCGUUUGCCAAUAAGUACAAUCGCUCCACAGCUCGUCUUCUUUGAGCUCUUCUUAAUGUGAUGUUCUCUCAAUUUAAAGCGCCAUUCAUCGAUUUGAUUUUGCGGGCCGUUAAAGCAAAACAACAAAUAUACUUGAUGCGCUGUAGAAGUGAGAUAUGCAGUUAGGUAAUAAUUCUCUGUGGUUUUGGCUCAAAGAAUGACCUCUUCCACAUUACACAUUGUUCUUGGCCCAUUGUUAGUGUACAAAUAUGAAUUAGUACAGCUUUAAAUGUCGUUGAAUAACUCAGAAACAAUGUUUUAAACCCACAUCUGACCGCACUGCUAUUAGCUAACAGAAACCAAAAUGAUUCGAUGAGGAGGGACACAAUCUUUUUUGGGUUUGAGGUUGUUUUUUUUCUUUUUUUCUUUGCACCAGUUUGGUUGAGAGGCCGUUUUGACACUCGAGGAUGUUCCGGAGAACAGUGAUCCGUUUGAAGAAGUGUGAUGAUUGAUUCGGCCAAUUAAAUUCUCAUGAUUCUCCUCAAUAAAGCAUUAAAAUAUA